AUGAGUCUCCGCCAGCCUACUUCCACCCUUGACAGCCCCUUCGCCGCUUGGCUGAGCAGUCUGAGCGUCGGGGACUCUGAACGGAAGUCCGGUCAGCAGAGGGACCCGCAGGUCGACCCUGCCAAUGAGAGCGCAGGCACUGGACUGGUCCAGAGAUGUGUGGUGGUGCAGAAGGACCAGCUGGGAUUCGGUUUCACCGUUUGCGGAGAGCGGGUAAAGCUGGUGCAGAAUGUGCGAGCAGGCGGUGCAGCCGUCAAGGCCGGAGUCCAGGAAGGAGACAGAAUCAUAAAGGUGAACGGCUCGCUGGUGUCCUCCAUGUCCCAUCAGGAGGUAGUGAAGCUCAUCAAAUCUGGACCAUAUGUAGCGCUCACGCUACAAGGUCCGCCCCCUUCACUGUGCUCCUUCCCCGCUGAUCCCACCUCUAAUCUAAGAAGUACUGCUGGCGGGGAGGCUCCGCCCCCACCAUCUUCGGGGUCAGGACUGAUCACUGGACCCAAACCACUACAGGACCCGGAGGUGCAGAAGCACGCCUCUCAGAUACUCAGGAAGAUGCUACACCAGGAAGAAAUGGAGCUGCAGGCCUUAAUGGAGGAGCGCUCGCGGAACCCGUCGCCAUCACUCGAAGAGCGAAUUGAAAGUGCCAAGAGGCGAGCACAGCAAGUGCGCGUCAAGCUUCGGCAGGAUGCGGAGGUAACGCGAUCAGAAAGCGUCACCAAUACUCGCUCGAUCACGCCCGGGGAAGGACGUUUGUCGCUGGACUCGAGUGAGGGUGACCCAGAGACGUGCGAGAGUCCCCACUCAUCACCCUCAUCUUCUUUCCGGAGCUUUCUACACCGACGGCAGAGUUCCGACACGUUCACGUCCGAUUCGAGCGGCAGGGCCCAGAUCAUCGGGCCUGAAGAAGACGAGGACGAAGACGGGUACGCCUUCAACGAGAUGGACGGCCCCUUCCAGGACAUGGAGCUGCUGAAGUCGCGACCCGCCCACAUGACUGUCUUCCUAAGAUAUGUCUUCACACAGCUGCUGGACCCCAACCCGCUGCUCUUCUACUUGUCGGUGGAGGCGUACUUGAGCGCCACGCCCAAAGACGCCCGUUCCCUAGCACCGCAAAUUUGUUCCCACUUCCUCGAUCCAGACGCACCUUUGAAGCUCAAAGUACCAGACGAUUACUUAACUGACAUUGAGAGUCGCUUACACGCUCAGGAGGACAUCCGCGGGCCUCUGUCCGACUUGCAGCAGCAGGUGUUGCCCCACAUCCAGGACCAGCUUCUGGACUACAGGAACAAGCAGAUGAUGGGCCUGGGUGCACUCUUUGGCGAAGGUGACUUAUUGCUGCUGGACGGCGACCCGCUGAAGGAACGUCAGGUGGUGGACAAACAGGUUGCUGCCCUCUGGGAGAUUCUGUGCAAGCACGAAGAGGACAAAAGCUCUCCGCUAGCGUCGGCGAUGCUCCUGUACCUGCGUCACGCAGGGAUCAAGCUGCGAGACUCCAAGGGGUUCCCCGGUUUGAGCAUGGACAAGGAAAAGUGGCUGACUUUCCUCAAGGCCAAAAAGCCAAGCAGCACCAAGAAGGAGAAAGACGGUGAGGACAAGAAACGGAACCCCAUCCUGAAGUACAUGGGGAAGUCUCGAAGCACAUCUCAGUCCACAUUCCAUGUCCCGUUGUCCCCCGCCGAAGUGCGUUCAGGAAGCGUAAGGAACAUCAUUCAACAGUUUGAGAACCAUUCCGAGAUCGGGGGCGAUGACGGUGGCGAUCCGCAAGGGGAAGACGUAGUGAGCAGUCCGGCUACAUGUGUGCGUCUAGCGCGCAGCGAGUCUCUCAAGGCUCAGGGAGAAGGUCGACGGCGCGGGAUGGCGGCAUGCGGCGAGUCGGUUCCCCGCUCCCGCAGCGACGUGGACAUGGAGGACCCCGGCGAAGAGCGGGAAGGGCCGGGCCUCAGACUGCAACACAGCGCCUCGUCGUCAGCGUCCGGAAGCUCGGCCAGGUCCCUAGAGAACCCCACGCCACCAUACACGCCGCGAUCCAUCCGCAGAAGCAUGGAGUCGCCGUCGACCCCGUUACCGGACUCGGGCGCCCCCGAGGAGGAGUCAUGCGAGCGUCAGAACUGGCAGGAGACGGUGCCACCUCAACUCUUGGCCACACUCAACCCAAGGGAGGUGGAGCGCCAGGCGGUCAUAUACGAGCUUUUCACCACCGAGGCAUCGCACCUGCGUACGCUGCGAGUCCUGGACCAGGGUUUCUUCCAAAAGAUGAAAACUGUGCUAACACCAGAGGAGCUAUCCUGCGUCUUUCCUAACCUGCCUCAAGUCCACGAACUACAUGCCAGUCUCUGCGAGGCCAUGAGAAAGCGGAGAGAGUCAGUCAUCGUUCAAGAAAUCGGCGACGUUAUGCUAGCCAGGUUUGAGGGCGCUGCUGGCGAAGAGUUUCAGGAGCAGGCGUCGCAGUUUUGCAGGCGGCAGUCUCAGGCACUGGAGCUCAUCAAGAACAAACGACGCAAGGACCCCCGCUUCGCCCACAUCGUCCAGGAGUGCGAGGCUAGUCGCCACUGUCGUCGCCUCCAGCUGAGAGAUCUGCUGGUGUCCGAAAUGCAAAGGUUGACCAAGUACCCGCUUCUCCUGGACAACAUCAUCAAGCACACAGAGGUCUCCUCUUUCGACCUUCCGGCCCUCCGGCGGGCUCAGACCUGUUGCCGCGGAAUCUUACAGGCGGUCAACGAGGUGGUCAGGGAGACUGAACACCGCCACCAUCUCAGCCAAUACCAACGAAGGCUGGAUGUUGCUCCGCAGUUUAAGGGUCUGGACCUGAGCACCAAGAAGAUGAUUCACGAGGGUCCGUUGGUCUGGAAAGUCAAGGAAAAGCAGCUUGACAUCCACGCGCUGCUGCUGUCUGACUGCCUACUGCUGCUCCAGCGUGGCCCCGACGAGCGCUUGCUGCUGCGUCACCCGUCACGCUGGCUGGGCGGCGGCGGAGACAGCCCGCUGGUCAAGUUGGACUCACUGGUGGUGCGCUCCGUCGCCACAGACAACAAAGCGCUCUACGUCCUCAGCGCCAUGGAGAGGCAGAUGUACGAGCUGGUGGCCGGGACAGCAUCUGAGAUAAACAUCUGGAAGGACUUUCUGGAAAAGACUAUUGCAUCGGCUGCCGGCGCGACGGCCACAGUUUCCCCAAGUCUUGGUGCUCCGUCCCCGGUGGUGGACUCCAGCCCCGUUUAUUCAGAAAGCGCCGCCGGGGAGCAGACCCACGCUGCCGCUGGUGACCAAUCUUGCGUGUUGUACUUGGAAAAAGGGCACCGUGUUGGUGUGGCGGAGGCGGCUUUGCAGGACGUGGAAACGCUGCGGCAACUCCUCCUACUCGAACCAGAUGACGACGGAUGCCGUUAUAGUUUCCAAGAUGAAAGCCUCAACCCUUGGAAGGCGGAGUCGUCCUCUUCUUACUCAGCCUUCGAAGGAAUCAACGACAACGUCAAGCACGGUAACCUCUUGUACCUGGUGGCGCCCACCCGCCAGGGCGAGAGCACCACCGACCCGACGGACGACGCCACCGGGGACCCGUCGGAGGAGGCGGCGAGGCAGAGUCACGUGAUCAAAAACGUGGAGGAAAUCUUCCAUACCAUCGAGAACUUGACAGGGAAGCUGCGUCGGCUGAAGGACAUGGAGGGGGAGCAUCAAAAACUGCUGACGUCGCUCCACGGGGACGUGGAAGCGUGCGCGCCAUACCGGGUCUCGGCGGAGGGGGCGGAACUCUCUGCCCAAAAGGAAGGAUGCCCCGCCCAGCCCAGGAUUCAGUCUACUGGAUUGUGA